CCCCAUUUGUGUCCCAGACAUUCCUUCUACCUGCUUGGUAGGGAGGGGACUGUCUUCCCUGGCUGCGCUGGGCCACGUGAUGCCCUGAGGGUGGCCGUCACGGGUGUGGGGGUCCCGCGAAUGCCAUAGGAGGAUGUCCAAAUUGUAUGGCCACAGCAGACAUUAGCCUCCCUCAGCUUUCCCCGGGGCCUGGCUGUGUCCCUAGCAGGUCCCUCUUCUGGGUGCCAGAUGCCCUGUGAAGUGAGGGGAUUGUGGCCUAACGUCCAUUCUCAGCCUCCCAGAGCCAGCCUGACAAGCUCCGUGCUGACGGUCUUGGAGGAGGGCCCGGUGUCUUCUAGGGGUCUCAUCCCAUGGAAUCCAAGUACCCCACAUACCAGGAAAGGCAGCACCGGGCUGCUCUCGAGGGUGGUGUCUGGAGUCCCUCUGACCUGUGGCUCCCACACUCAUUUUAAGCAGAGUUUCUCAGAUGAGCCGGUGUGGUGGCCACACCUGGGAAAUGUGGGAGUCCUUGGGUGGUGCAAACAGUUAUGUGCUUAGCUGCUCAUGGAAAGGUUGGAGGUUUGCAUCCACCCAGAGGUGCCUUGGAAAAAAGGCCUGGCAAUUUUUAAAAAUCAGGCAGUGAAAACCCUGUCGAGCACAGUUCCACUUUGACACACAUGGGGUUGCUGUGAGUUGGAGUUGACAGCAGCUGGUUUUGGGAAAACACAGCCGGGUCCACUGCCCUCCUCUCAUUUCACACGCGGCAGCCACCCCUGCUUCCUCCUUAUCUGGCCUUCCAGGAAGCCGGCUGAGGAAGUGGACUGGGGCCUGGCUUCCUGCUGGCGCUGCCGCCUCCCACAUGCAGCUCUUCUUGUGAGAGGCCUAGGAGUCCCCUCCAGCCCCUCCACUCGGCUGAGGAGGAACAGGCAGCAUCUCACAGGGCCACCCUAGAGAAGCCACCACCCACAGACCCCAGAGUGCUGGGACAGAAUGGGACUUCCCCCAGAGAGGGGCCUCUGGACCCAAAGGCAGGCUGGGAACCUCAAAAUCAGCAAGGCCAGGUGUGGCAAAGGCUUAGGCCCUGUUCUUUGUCUUCAUCAUACCCACCUGGAGUGGGCAGCAUCGGACUGGGACCACAGCUCCACUUCGGAGAUCAGAGCUCCCCUUGUCGUUGCUGAAGACUGCCCAGAAUCACCCCAUGCUGGUGGAGCUGAAGAACGGGGAGACGUACAACGGGCACUUGGUGAGCUGUGACAACUGGAUGAACAUCAACCUACGCGAGGUCAUCUGCACGUCCCGGGACGGGGACAAGUUCUGGCGGAUGCCCGAGUGCUACAUCCGCGGUAGCACCAUCAAGUACCUGCGCAUCCCCGACGAGAUCAUCGACAUGGUCAAGGACGAGGUGGUGGCCAAGGGCCGUGGGCGUGGUGGCCUACAGCAGCAGAAGCAGCAGAAGGGCCGCGGCAUGGGGGGCGCUGGGCGAGGUGUUUUUGGCGGCCGUGGCCGCGGCGGGAUCCCGGGCACUGGCAGGGGCCAACAGGAGAAGAAGCCUGGCCGACAGGCAGGGAAGCAGUGAGCUGCUCCUGCCCCAGCCACAGACUGGGGGGCCGUGCCCUGCUCCACCCUACCCCACGGCGGUAUGUUCCGCCCCAGCACUCACACCUCUUUAGAAAGAAGAGGCGGCAGGUGUCGGAAGAGUCUCUGUCUGCAUUUCCUUCCAGUCCUCUUCCUCAGGAAAAGCCCCGCCCCCCCCCCUUUUUUUUUGUUUGUACCAGCAGUUCCAGUUGCAGGCGUCUCUCAAUAUUUUUGGUUUUGUGAAGUUGCUUUGGGGCUAGCUGCUGCCCGGUUCCUGGGAGUCCUGUGUGUGACAUGGCCCCGAAGCCUGGUCGGUAUUUGUUAGCUCUGCAAGUAGAACGACCCCCGCGCAGGCUCUUUCUGCACCAAGCGUAGAUCCCAGUGCAGUGGCAAGCAAGUUUACUUUCAGCUGGGCACGCCGAGGUUAAUGGCAUCCCUCAAAACGCGGCCCCCACAUGGCCUUUUCCAAACACAUGGAGACCAGCACGUGCCCUAGAACGGCGUAUGGGAUCCCAUGUCAUGUUAUCAGAAUAAAGUCGGAGACACCCCA